AUGAAAAUCCCAGAGUCGAAACCAAUGCAAAUGUCCGUGGAAACGGAAACUGUCAUGAACGUUUCGCAGGUCCAAAUAUCUGGAAGUUGCUCGAAAAAACCUUCCUUUGAAGCUUUAAAGUCAAAGAAGAAUAGCUCCAAGAAGAAAAAGGUUUCAGUGCCGAAUGUCAUAACUUCGAAGUCAGCAAUGUUUGCUGCGAGAGUUGCGUCUGCUGUUGACCAAGAUUCCAACGAUGAGGAGAGCGAGAACUUUGUAUACGAAAGUGUGAAUUCUCCAUAUGAUGAAGAUUCUCAACAUUCUCCGUCCAAUUCUAUCAGAUCCUUACAGGCUUGCAAUCUUCCGUUGGAAAUGUUACCGCCAAUCAAUCAUGUUUCUCAUUAUGGUGCUACUAGCUCAAAUGGUACUUCCCUUGGUGCUUCCAAUUGGUCUCCAAAGAUUGUUCCUAAACGAUCAGCAAAGUUUUCUUCUAUUCCUGCUGCUGCGUCUACUGACAUGAAAAGUAUGAGUCCCACUGCCACAACUCGUGGGCUCGCCUCACAUUUGCCAAAUCAUAUCCCAAGUACCAAGACUCAUUUGUUACAAAAGGAUAACAGCCAAUCUUGGCACACACAUCACAGUCGAUUUCUGAGUGAAAACCUCUCGAAAUCGGAUUCAUCCUCCACCUCCCAUUCUAGGUAUUUCCUGUCGAAGCGAUUAUUUAUUCUUCUGCUUUUAGCUGGUAUUUUCCUGUUCCUUUUACUGUACGUUUUUUACAUGCCGAAUUUUAUUUAA